AGAUAAAAGCUUUUGUCUCAAAUCAAAGAUCAUAAUGUAUUUGUGUCACUUGUGCUCCAUAAAAGGGGAAAACAAGUGGCUCAGAUCAGAUCAGUCAUGUUGACAAGCUAACACCUGUCACAGACAUGUAUCCAUGAACCACUUUAUUUCUUCAUACGUUUCAUAUCUUAAUAGGAUUGUUAUCAGUUUGAGUUUUGAUUACGUUUGAAUUUGACCGAAUGACCGAAAGACAGCAUAAAAAAAUAGUUUAAAGCUGUUUUCAUGCAUUAGCCGGUUAGCCACGAAGGCUAGCUAGCAAAAACAAACCAAGCUAUAAAACCAACAUCCAAGCAGCUGAAUCGGUGUUUUGUCAGACAUCACGUUCAGCUUGAUCAAGACGUAAGGCAUCACCCGGCCUGGGUGCGAUGUCCUUUUGACCCACAUGAGCUCGACUAUGUGGUACAUCAUGCAGAGUAUUCAGAGUAAAUACUCCCUUUCGGAAAGGCUUAUCCGAACGAUCGCUGCCAUUCGCUCAUUUCCACACGAUAAUGUGGAGGAUCUUAUACGCAAGGGAGCCGAUGUGAACAGGAUGCAUGGCACUCUGAAGCCCCUGCACUGCGCCUGCAUGGUGGCUGACACAGACUGUGUGGAGCUUUUACUGGAGAAAGGUGCAGAGGUAAACGCUUUAGAUGGCUACAAUCGCACAGCACUGCAUUACGCAGCAGAGAAGGAUGAGGGUUGCGUGGAGCUACUGCUGGAAUACGGAGCUCAGCCUAAUGCUCUGGAUGGCAACAAAGACACUCCACUACAUUGGGCUGCCUUCAAAGAUAACCCAGAGUGUGUCCGUGCGCUGCUGGAGAGCGGUGCCCAUCCUAACGCACGGGAUUACAACAACGACACGCCACUCAGCUGGGCUGCCAUGAAAGGAAACCUGGAGAGUGUGCGUGUGUUGCUGGACUAUGGCGGCCAAGUUCACGUGACAAACCUGAAGGGCCAGACACCCAUUUCACGUUUGGUGGCUUUGUUGGCACGUGGCUUGGGCUCUGAGCAGGAGGAAGAGUGUCUGGAGCUGUUGUGCAGUGCUGCAGGGAGGUUGGAGGUGCGUCGGGCCGAUGGUUCCAUGCCUAACGAGCUUAGUAAACAUCCAGAGCUUCUGGCACGCCUCUCCGGCAUGAUGGCUCAGCCGGCGUUGCUGAGGGAUCUCGCUCGCUGCGCUGUACGUAACAGCCUUGGAGUGCAGUAUCUCCCCACAGCUGUGAAGCAGCUUCCACUGCCUGAGUCUGUUAAACAGUAUGUACUCCUCAGAAACAUUGGGCAUAAACAAGACAAAGAGGGAGAGGGAGAACAGACUCUCUGUAAUGCACUGCAGAGCAAUUAGUUAUGUAGUUAUGUAUAAUCAUUAAAGGCACACAAAUCUGUAUAUUAAUAUACUUCCAGCAGUCUCUUUAAUAGGAACACCCAUAGAUCUGAUCAUUAUCAGCCAAUCACAUGGCAGCAGCACAACACACAUCUUGCAGGUAGACGACAAGAGAUUCUGUAUCAUGAUAGAGAUAAAUGUGAUCUCGGUGACUUUAAAAGUGGCAUAUUGUUGUUUUCAGACAGGUUGGUUUGAGAAUUAAAGAAACUGUUGAUAUAGUAGGAAUUUCAGGCACUCUAAUGUUUACAAAAAAAACAACAACUACUAAGCAUGUCUUUGGUUAAAACACCUUGAGGCCAUGAAUAGUACAGCCAGACUUGUUUGAGAUAACAGGAAGAAAACGGAAUCAGAUUCAGAAUCAGAAUCAGAAUCAGGUUUAUUGGCCAAGUGUGUUGACACACAGGGAAUUUGUUCCAGCUGUUUGUGACUCACAAGCAUAGAGAAGUUAAUAACACAAUACUAUACAUUUAGCUUGGACUGUACAAGACAAGACAGACGAUGUGACGAUGCACAGCAUGUUAAGUAUUUAGGUGACUUAAGGCAACUUUAUUACGGGGGGACGGGACGGUAGUCUGGUGCUCGGAUGCUAAUUGCAUAAAUGAUCAUUAAGGUGUUCCUAUUAAAAUGGCUGAUGUUUGCAUUAAAGAUUUAGUUACCCGCAUUUUUUUUUUAUUCCUUCUAAUUAAUUUCUUAUCAUGUUAAAUAAUAUCAGGAGUACUGUGCACAAAUGUUUAAGCUAUUGUUACUUCAGGCAAAACUUAUCAAAAAUCUUUCAAUGCAAAGAAGGAAAAAAAUGGGUAAUAGGAUAAAGUAUAAAAAUUGCUAAUAUAUUGUAAAAUUAUUUUUACCAUGACACUUACUUUGGCCUUUGAUUGUAUAAUUUUAAUUUAAAACGAAUAAUCGCCUCGUCGUGUGGACGAUACCAUUUUAGUCGAGAUCGUAAAAUAUAUUUGUAACUGAAGAUUCUUUGAGAAGCCAAAUAGUAUGUUAUUAGACCUUUCAAUUAAAUAUGUACUAUCAGAUUUAAAAAAAAAAGUAUAAUUUACAGGCUACAAAAUCUGGUGCUUCUCUCAAGACUGUGUUUUUUUUUCUCCCUUUAAUGAGAACCCCAUAGAGCAUGCAGUGUACUUUUAAACUUCAUGGUGUAAUAAGGACCACCGUCUUACCUUUCUGGGUAUAUUUGCAUAGUUUUUACUUUGAGGGAACAAAUCAUAUACUGGAUAAGAGUUUCUGAAUGCUUCCUAUUGGAGUCUAAAUAGAUUUCACACUAGCACACUUUUUUGCAGUUCUGAAUUUAAUAAGCUCAUAUUCAGUUUAGUUGCUGAUCUUUUCUGAGAAACAAAACCCCCUUCUCUGUGUUUCUUCUGUAAUUUAUGUUUGUACAGCGAUAAUCUAAUUAGAAAAUUAGCCAGUGUGAUGUUUAUGUCUGUAUUGUGUGCAGCCAACCACUUUACACACUUUCCUUGUGGAAUACAAGUAAAAUCCAUUCUGCAUCAUAUAAAAUAGCAGUUCGGUUCA